AUGAAAUACCUAUUAUGUAGCAAUCAAGAUAGUAAUACUGCUAAAGAGGAUAAAAGUAUUCAAGAUAAUAAUUCAUCAGAAUUAAGUUCUUUAAAUAAUACUAGUUGUAAUGAAAAAUUAAAGAAAGAUGAUCAACCUUCAAUUUCCAAUGUAAGUGAUAUUAAAUCAGAAAAGGAUGAAACUACCAAAAAAAACUCAUCUCCUAAAAAUGGUUCAAAUGAAAUUUCAUUAGAAAUGCUUGAAUAUUACUGGUCAACUGAUUUAAUAGAUGAUAUUGAAGAAAGUAAAAAGAAUAAAAAAUACAUUAAACAACUUUACUUUAAUAGGUAUAAACAUCACAGAUGGUAUGAAUUGAGUAAGAUUAUAAGAGAUGUUCAUCGUUUAAAGAAAUCUAAUAAUAACAAAAAGAUUUUACGUCAAUUAAUUUUUCUUUUAUUUAAUAAAAUAAAUGCAAAUCAUUUAGUCAAACAAUUUGAUGAGAAUGAAUACUUUGAAAUUUAUUUAGUUAAUAAUAUUGAUGAGCCUUAUAAACUGCAAUUUUCGCCCAAUAUUUUAUACUACCUACCAGUAUAUCAUCCCAGUAACUCAGAAAAGUUAAACAGAAGAGAUUUCAUAUUAUUGAAAACCAUUUAUCAAAGUUUGUAUAAUCCUAUUAUAAAAGAUUAUAGUAAGUUUUAUAAUUUAAUUAUAGAAAUAUUUAAUGAUUUUUAUGAAAUUGAUGAACUUAAAUUUAAGUAUGAAAAAUUAGCAAAACUGAUUGAAGAAGAAGAUUUCGAAGCUGUGGGUGAUUUACAUUAUAAAAUAAUUGAAGUUUUUUCUAAAAAAAUUUCAACUUUAAGGAAUGAGAAAAGAGUUGAUUUAUUAUACAAUAGUACUUUUAAUAGUUUAUUAGAUGCUUGUGAUCCAAUACUUUUACGAUAUUUUAUAUCUAAGCAGUUUGAUUCUAAACCUCUUUGGUAUUUAAUUGAAUUAUUUAAGAAUUAUAAAGAAAAUAAAAAUGAUGAUGAUUUCAUUCUAUUAAAGAAUGGUUACAAGUUUUUAAUAUCAAAACUUUACAGUUUAAUUCAACUAAAGUAUUUAAGAGAUCAAAAAAAGGAAUUUUAUUUAAUAGAAUUACUUUUAAGAGAAUUAAUAGAUGAUUCAGUCAAUCAUUUAAUGUUAGAUUAA